AUGUCUACACUCGCUCCGAUGAGCCAGCCACCCAGCGCGAGCUCGAAAACAACUGCCUCACCUGCUCCAUCCAUCUCCACCUCAUCUCUGCAAUCCGAGGACGGCAAAUUCUCACAACUUCCUGCUGCACAACACCCCGUCACCUCUCCAACUUCUGCUCCCUCCUCGAAUGGCACUGGAGCGCCCGUCUCUUCUGACAGCAGAUUACAGCCCGUACGCAAACCCACAAUAACUUCGCGUCUUAGCAACCUACUUGUUCGUAAAGACGACAGUUCAAAAGAUGCGACACGAUCAAAUGGAGACAGCCUGAAGUCAAACGGCGACCCUGCCCCUGCCUCUGUGGCUCGUCCGCCUCCAUCCCGAGCACCAUCAGUCAACGACAAGAGUAAAGCGAAGAAGGAUCAGAUCCAAGCCACUAUACGCGGUCGCUUCUGGACAGCCGAAGAUGGGACCCAUGAGCAUCACUUAAAAGCUGGUCGCAGACAAGAAAAGCUGUCAGACAUGUUCCGAGAACUUAUGGUUGGAAAAAGGAAGGACCAGCCCGAGGAACAGCAACCUCUAAGUCUUAUGGCGAAUUGGGCCGAUGUCAUGCGAAACGAGAAAGAGAAGCUCACAGAACAGAAGAACCUCGCCAAUACUUCCCAGACCCUUGUACAGAAGUACGGAAAGUGCCAAGAGGUCAUUGGUCGUGGUGCUUUUGGCGUGGUUCGGAUCUCGCAUAAGCAAGAUAGCAAAGACCCGAAGCGAGAGCAGCUCUAUGCCGUCAAAGAGUUCAAGCAAAGACCAGGCGAAUCCGACAAAAAAUAUCAAAAACGGUUGACGUCAGAAUUCUGCAUCUCCUCUUCAAUGGCACACCCCAACGUCAUCAACACACUCGACCUUUUGCAAGAUGACAAAGGCAUUUACUGCGAAGUGAUGGAGUACUGUGCGGGUGGUGAUUUGUACACGCUUAUCCUUGCAGCCACUCAACUCGAAGUUUUGGAAGCCGACUGCUUCUUCAAGCAGCUCAUGCGCGGUGUAGAGUACAUGCACGAGAUGGGUGUUGCUCAUCGCGACCUAAAACCGGAGAAUCUCCUCCUCACGCAACAUGGCUCUAUCAAAAUCACCGAUUUCGGAAACGGAGAGUGUUUCCGCAUGGCCUGGGAGAAAGAAGCCCACAUGACAGCUGGACUGUGCGGUUCAGCCCCUUACAUUGCGCCCGAAGAAUAUGUUGAUCAGGAGUUUGAUCCCAGGGCAGUUGACGUCUGGGCCUGUGGUAUCAUUUAUAUGGCUAUGCGGACUGGUCGUCACCUCUGGCGUGUUGCUCAGAAAGAAGAAGAUGAGUUUUUCAAUAAAUACCUUGAAGACCGCCGCGAGGAAGCCGGAUACCGACCAAUUGAGGUUCUCCGGAGGCGACAAUGUCGAAAUGUGAUCUACUCCAUACUAGACCCAAAUCCAACACGUCGUCUUACCGCGCAUCAAGUCCUCCUUUCCGAAUGGGUCAAGGACAUCAAAAUCUGUCGUGCUGGCGAUGAGGGCUUUUAA